AAGAAUAAACAAUAAUUUAUUAUUUAAAAAAAAAUGUGUAUGUAGUCAAAUAAAAGAGGUAGUGAAGAAACACCUCACAUGCACUCCUUUCACAAUUUUCACAUUCUCAAACUCUCUUCUCUAUAUAUAUAAAUAUUACUUUCACUUUUCAUUUCAUACCAAACCAAAAAAGAAACAUUAACCUUAAUUCUCUCUACCUAGUAUUAUUUCUUGCUUUUGUGGAUAUGGGCUUUAGAGAAGUACCUAAUGUGUUGGAGACCAAGUGUGGAGCUGUUUCUGCCUUUGCUAUUCACCAAGAAGGUGGUGGUUUAUUAGAAGAUAGAGACCAGAAAUUCUUGAGUAGGGCUGUAGAGGAGGCUUAUAAAGGAGUUGAAAGUGGAGAUGGAGGGCCUUUUGGAGCUGUUAUUGUAUGCAAUGAUGAAGUUGUUGUAAGUUGUCAUAACAUGGUUUUGAGAUGCACUGAUCCUACUGCUCAUGCUGAGGUUACUGCCAUUAGAGAGGCAUGUAAGAAACUGAAGAGGAUUGAGCUAUCUGAUUGUGAAAUCUAUGCAUCAUGUGAGCCUUGCCCCAUGUGCUUUGGUGCCAUCCACCUUUCAAGACUUAAGAGGCUGGUUUAUGGAGCUAAGGCUGAAGCUGCAAUUGCUAUUGGGUUUGAUGAUUUCAUAGCAGAUGCAUUGAGAGGAACUGGGUUCUAUCAAAAGGCUCACUUGGAUAUUAAAAAGGCAGAUGGCAAUGCAGCCAUUAUUGCUGAACAAGUCUUUGAGAAUACUAAGGCUCAUUUCCAAAUCUAUUAACUAAUUAAUUAAGGAGUUUGUGUAAGAUGUUUGUUUGUUUGUUUGUACAGUCUGUUUUUUGUUUUCAAUAAGUUUGAAAUGUUUUGUCUAAGGCUUUGCAUUGUGUGAUUCUAUCAUUUAAUAAUAUGUAAUCUACACAAUGCUUGCCAUAUGACAUUUUUCAAAAUUUCUGCAUUUGUAGUAAUGAAGGGAACAUCAAAAGCUUUCAUCAUCACAA